UGUAUAUUGACGUGAACAAUUUAUCAGGGCCAAUCCCUGCCGAAUUAGGAAACAUAACCACUCUCACAUAUUUGAACAUGGAGAGCAACUUGUUUUCUGGAACUAUUCCCUCUGAGCUUGGGAAAUUGGAAUUUAAAUGCAAACAAUCUCACUGGACAGUUCCCUCUGUCUCUCACCAAUCUCUCCAAGUUAUCCACACUUAGCAUUAGUAGUAACUACUUCACAGGAAGGAUGCCUGAGUUUGGCAAUUGGAAACAACUUCAUUAUGUAGAGAUGGAAGGAAGUGGUUUCAGUGGGCCAAUUCCUCCUAGUAUUUCUACCUUGGCAUACUUAACAGAGUUAAGUAUAACUGACUUAAAUGGGGAGAACUCGUCAGAUUUUCCCGACUUGAGUAAAAUGACAAACCUUUCUAAGUUGACAAUGAGGAGCUGUAAUUUAAGAGGAAAUAUCCCUCAAUAUAUUCUUAAUUUGAGAAGGCUAUUUGACUUGGAUCUUAGGUUUAAUAAACUAGAAGGGCCACUUCCAAAUUUGGGAGAGCUGGAUCUUAGCCUUAAUAAACUAGAAGAGCCACUUGUUCAAACACCUGCUUUCUUUAGAUUCGGUCAUAUGAUCAUAGAUAUAUCUUACAAUAACUUUUCGAAGAAAUCUGAACCAUCAGCUUGUCAAGAUAAUUUCAAUCACUUUCAGAGCACAUCUGGUCAUGAAAACAGCUCAAUCCUCAGCAAGUGCUUGGCUCCAUGUUCAAAAGAUUAUUAUUCAUUGCAUAUAAAUUGUGGUGGAAAAGAAACUACCAUUGGAGGCAUAAAGUAUGAAGGGGAUGAGAAAGUUGUAGGUCCUGCAAAUUUAUUCCAUAACUCAACCUACACUUGGGGAUUUAGCAACACCGGUCAUUUUAGAAAUUCUGAACUAGAAGAGCCAAAAUAUAUAGUAAAUAAUGUAUCUACAUUAACAAUGGAGAACUCUGAGCUCUACACAACUGCACGCAUCUCACCUCUUUCGCUAACUUAUUUUGCUCGUUGCUUAAGAAAUGGAAGUUACACUGUGAAACUACAUUUUGCAGAGAUAGUAUUUAGAAAUAACAGAUCUUAUGAGAGUGUUGGAAGACGAGUAUUUGAUGUUUAUGUUCAGGGAAAACGGGAGUAGUCAGAUUUCAACAUUAAAGAGGAGGCUAAAGGAGUUGGUAAGGAAUUUAUCAAAGUAAUUAACGCAGUUGUUGUGAGUCAUAACACAUUGGAGAUCCGCCUCCAAUGGACGGGGAAAGGGACAAGGAAUGCUCCAGAGCCAGGAAAAUAUGGGUCUUUAAUAUCAGCUAUCUCAAUAGAAUCUGUUUAUUCGGUAUCUUCUCAUUCACUGGAAGGACAUUUGAGUAAGACCAAAAUAAUUAUUGGCCUUGUUGUAGCUGUUUCUGCUGGUGCAGCAUUAUUAGCUGUUGUAGCCUUUGGUUUGCAUAGACGAAAAGCUAAGAGAAAAAUUGUUUCUGCUGGUGCAGCAUUAUUAGCUGUUGUAGCCUUUGGUUUGCAUAGACGAAAAGCUAAGAGAAAAAGAACUGCAACAAAUAAUGAUUUGAUUAGGCCAAGUACUAACUUGAAGAGAGGAGACGAUCAACCUGAGCUUCAUUUUUUUGACUUGGAUAGCAUACCGUUUGUUGUUCACAUGUUUUUAUAACUUUCAUGGUAAUCUUGUAUACGGGGUCUUUACAUGUACAGUUUCGAACUGUUAUCAUUUUUUUAUAACUUUCAUGGGCUAUUAUCGAGCUAAUAUCAAGCUAUAUCGAACUGUUAUUCAAUAUAUGAGAAAUUUGUUACCUUCAUGAUAAUCUUGUAUACGGGGUCUUUA